AUGGGGAUGAUGCCGGCAGCAGCAGCCUCCGAGGGGUUGGCGGGCCAAGAGGGCGGCGACGCGGCCGCCGCGAGCAACGCGGAGCCGCCACGCGGCGGCGCGAGAGCUGGGCGAACGGCGGUGGUAGCGCGCCGGAAGGAGGAGGUGGCAGAGGAGAAGCCGCCGGGCGGCGGUGAUGAGGCUGGGGCGGCGCGGGUCUUGGCCGCGACGGGCGGUGCGCCGGAGAGCUCGACCAUGCCGCGCAGCCGCGUCGGGGAGCAGGAGAAUUUGGGCGCGAGGAGCGCGCCUGCGCCAGCAUUCAGCGGACCGGGUUUGCUGCCAAUGCCGACGGAUCCGGUCCAUGACAAGGUCCGUGGGAAGUAUAAGAUGGUUGGGUACGAAGGAGAGUCGUGGCCAAUUGGGCCCGACGGGGAAGAACCAUGGCCGAUUGGGCCAGGGAAGGAGGAUGAGCUUAGCUUUGGGGACCCAGAGGGUUGGGUGGCCCCGAGCCCAGAGGAGGCAAGAUGGGGCUGA